CUCCUCCAAUGCUUUGAUCUUCACGAAGAGCCACGAGAUGUUCAAGCCUGGUAUUCCUACCUGGCUGAAGACGCUGCGAUUGCCGCCGAGAUGCAAGGUAACGACACAGUGGUUCAAAAUCUCUUCGAGGAAGACCUCAACGACAUUGGCCUCAUCAACAUGGCAACUGGUGAUUUUGAUGCCCUGUGCCAGCAGCAAUGCGCAGAGAUCACUCUCGUACCACCAGAAAUCCGUGAAAGAUGGGAAAUGGAUGAGGAGAUGUGGCAGAAGAAUUAUGGUGCCGUGGAGAGUGCUCUUGGCUACUCGGACCCCCUAUUCUUUGUUACACCAUCGAACUAUGAAGACGAGGAAGCGAGAACUUUCGCGAGUGUUGAUGAUGGCUAUGCAGAUGAAAAUGACUCACCUAUUCUAGACGCAUUUAAACUACCCGUAAGUUAA